CCUAGAACUUGGCUCAGUCGCGUUCACCGUAUCCACAGCGCAACAGUGUUGUAUCAAAUCUCGUCGGAUUCGGACGUGAAUCCGAAAAGUUCAGCAGUGGUUCGCGCUAGUUUCGUCAAUUAAAAAGUCAAGUUCAACACUUGCGCGUGUUUGAUCGUUGUGCGCGCAAUUACAAAUCCGGAAGUGUCCAUCGGGCUAAUUAGUUAAAAGUUCAGGAAACGUUUCCACCAUGGGAAAACUCCAGCUGGCGGACGUCGAGAACGAGUACAAAAAGUUUCCCGAUUUGAAGCGCGAGGAUGUCCAGAAAAUUCGCGAAUGGAUGGAAAAACAGCCCCAUUUGCCGAAGAUAAGUGAACUUGAGGCAAUUCUCUUCCUGCAUUCCAAUUACUACAAAAUGGAGGCAACAAAAACUGCGAUCGAAGCCUACUACACCUUAAGGUCAACUGUUCCCAUGUUUUUCACCAAACGUUCUGCACAAGAACCUGGAACAAAGCGAGCUAUGGACACUUUGUAUGGUACUAUUCUUCCUAAACCGACCAUCGAAAAUCACGUUGUUGUUUAUGGAGCGUUAAAGGAUUUUGACACUGCGAAUUUCGACAUUGGAGAAAUUUUCAAGCUAAUGAUUGGUGUUACCGACGUACAGUUUCUGGAAAAUGGAGCCUCCGACGGUUAUCGAAUUGUGAUUGACAUGAAGGGCGUUACGUUCGGCCACGUGGGGAAAUUGUCCGUAUCAGCGCUGAAAAACUUCCUGGUAUAUUUGCAAGACGCAAUGCCAAUCAGGCUGAAAGGUUUACACUUUGCCAGCGUUCCAUCGUUCAUGGACAUCGUGCUGGGUCUGCUGAAACCGUUUAUGAAGAAGGAACUUAUGGGAAUGCUUUUUUUACACCCCACUUACGAGCACAUGAUUCCAUACUUUGGCAAAGAAUGUCUCCCGUCGGAUUGUGGUGGGGAAAGUGAAAGCCGCGAGGAGUUGACUGAAAAGUGCUUCGGUCACAUUAAGGAGCUGCACGACUAUUUCGUGGAAGAAGAAGAAACAAGACGUAUCGAUGAAUCGAAACGUGCUGCCAGCAAAAAUGCAGGUGGUGGCUUGUCCGGCAUUAUGGGCAGUUUCCGGAAGUUGGACAUUGAUUGAAAAACAAGAGAAAAAGAUAUAAACUUGUAAAUUAUUUGUAAAUAUAGCAUUGUAGGAGUAGGGUUUGGUGUAAUUGUCGUUAGAGUUUAGUAAGCUUGAGAUACUUUGAGAAGAUAUUUAUGUCAAAAAAUAUAAAAUAUGAAAGGUCUACUAAAUAAACACAUUAGAGCUAAAAAAA